GCUGCUCGACGGCUCAGUUGCUCAACGCCGCGACGACGACGCGGUUGCGCCACGACACGGCGAGACACGCGAGCCCUUCUCGCGCUGGGGACCAUCCCUUGAGGCCGACCUUCGCGCCACCCUCAUCAUCCUCGACGCCUCUUCGCGAUCACGAAGCCACGACCGGGUUGUUGACUGACGAAGGUUCGUCGCGCGCGUUUCGCCGGAGCCGCAUCCGGAAGUCCCGUGAUUCAAACGCCUCGAACAGACGUGAGAACCUUGUUUAUGACUUUGGGUCCCCGGAAAGUAAAGCCGGAGGGCGUUUCGUGACGCGAAAAUAAUCCAACUUGGUUUGAGAAUCAGCGCGAUGUCGAUCGAGGUUGAACCGUCGAUGGGCAGACACGCGACCGAAUGGACGCAAGUGCGGUAAGAACAUCCAGGAUGCGGAUGAUCGACGCGUGUAGAAGACACAUGCCGAUUGGCGUCUCCCAUCGAGGACACCGAUGAACAACGCCUCUAGGAGUUUCCGGAACGGCUUCCCCGUUCCUCAUUUUACUCGCGCGUUUUCCCGAGACGCGAUCACCGCGAUUUCGGUGCGUCAUUCCGGUCGAAGGGACCAGGCAGGAGCGAGGCAUUCGUCCUGAAAUUGUUCCUCCGGCCAAUCCGAGGGUCUUCUCCAAGAGAAAGAAGACGCAGCGGCAGCUGCCGCGGAGCAUCUCGCUGAAACUCGCGUACGCUUUCACGAGUGAAACUUAAUCGUGCGCAGCAAGCUGCCGGCGUGCGUUGUUUCAGUGUUCGUGUCGAGCAGAGGCAGAGCUUCGAGCCAUCGGGGGUCCCCUCGGGACUCGCGCGUACGCGCGCGGGCCAGUGUCGUGCAACGAGCAACGGACGGAGCAAUCUGUACCUGAUCACAACGAAACGUACAUUUCAACGAAGCGAACAAGGAGGACGCAGCGGCGAGUACGAGUUGACUCGCGCGUCGCGAUACGAGCAGAACCGAGCUGCACCCGCGCACUGUUUGAGCGCAAACGCAUCGUUCACGGUUGCCGACGGUCAGCGAACGUUAAUGAGGAAGGCCGGCCAGAUAUAUCUCACGUUUCCUUCAGCACAACGACGACUAAUCAAACGAAAUGGCACCCGCCAUCGCCGAGCACAUUGACGUGUCGCAGGUAUUCUGUUAAGGAUUUUCAGUCCCGAGUAUUCGAUGAUCACAAAUACGUGCGAAAUGCUCUGCUAAGGCUCUAUCUCAGCGUCGCACCUUUCCCAACGCUGCUCGCACGCAAUACGAUUGAGAACGAACGCUUGAACGGCCUCAGAGCGUACGAUUUAUAUAGCUCCCAAAUUCAACGCCAAUGACCGUCGGACGCUGACGGUAAGUCGAGACGGUGAUGUUAAGGCCUACCGGAUUUGAUAAUCGGUAUGCUAUAUUCAGCAAUUUUACCGUGAAAAUUGCAAUGGUAGUAAUACCGGAUUUGUAAGCUGGAUUAAGAAUCCUGCGAUAUUCUCUGGUUUCCGUGUUCGAGCCGAUCGGCUAGAUCCAGUUAGAAGAAGUAUAACAACGACGCCUUCUGAUCAAAUGUCUGAACAUCGUAGAUUAUAAAAUCUACGAAGACUGAACAACGAUCAUUCCGAGAGGUCUAAUCCUGUCAAACGAUCGAAAAGAAAUAGAAGGCGCUAGGUAAGCCUCGUGUCCUCGAAUGAUCCCUGAAGUUAGCCGGCGGUCUCACAUCCGCCCGCGGUAUCCUCCCCGUCGCUCGUCGGUUGCCGGCAAAUUUCGAGUCGCAGAUCGACGGUCGACGGCCACUCCGUUCCCGUGAACGUCGUGCGGCCGAGAAUGUUUUGAGCUCGCGUGAUCGCCGCGAUCAAGAACGGACACGAAGAUGCCGCAGCAGCAGCAGAGAUCGGCCUUCGCGAUCCAGGAGCUGUUGGGUUUGGAUGGGACCGGAAAUCGGAGCGGCGGGACCGAUCGCGGGUCCCCGCAGGGUUCCCCACCCGCCGGGGUCUCGGCUGUCUCCUACGCUCCAGCGGCGCCCCAUCACUCGAAAUUAUGGGACUACAUGCCCAGCCUGAAUCAUCUGAGCAAUCUGGGGAAUCUGGGAAAUCUGGGCAAUCUGGGCAAUCUCACGGCCUCGCGGAUGGCCUACCUGAACGCGCAGGCUGCCGUCGCGGCCGCCUUUCUGCCGCCACCCCAUCCCCAUCCAGCCCACCACGUACCGCACCAUCAGGUACAUCAAUCGGGUCAACUUCCGGCAUCGCCGCCCGGCGUCAACCUGCAUCCCGCCGCACAUGCGCAGCACGUACUUCCGGGCACGGCCGUCACUGCGAAUCAUCAUCAACAUAGUCCGACUCAACACACACCACCUCAUGGAUUUUCGCAGUCAAAAGGAUCAUUCCCGAAUGCGAGUCCAGGUGUCGGACACAAUAUAGAAUCGGGGAAGGACUUCACGGUAGACGGCCUCUCGGGUUUCAACAAGAAGAAGAAGAAGAAACGCCGUCAUAGCUCCAGGACGAUCUUCACGUCACAGCAGCUGGAGGCGCUGGAGGCAGCCUUCAAGGAGGCCCAUUAUCCUGACGUCUAUGCCCGCGAGAUGCUGAGCCUGAGAACCGAUCUGCCCGAGGACAGGAUACAGGUAUGGUUUCAAAAUCGGAGAGCGAAAUGGCGUAAGACGGAGAAAUGUUGGGGCAGAAGUACCAUUAUGGCAGAGUAUGGUUUGUAUGGAGCAAUGGUCCGACAUUCCUUACCACUUCCGGAAACGAUUUUGAGAAGCGCCAAGGAGAACGAAUCCGUUGCACCGUGGCUGCUAGCUCAAUCAUCUAAGACAAGCAGCUUUAAGCAAGAUUUCGAAUAUAAUCAAGAACUCAUUGACUGUGGACCUGUAGGGAUGCAUCGGAAAUCGAUCGAGGCAGCGGAGCAUCUGAAAUCUGGUGGCGAGGACAGUGGCAACGAUCAGAACGGAAGCGGAAGCAGUCCCCAUCAUAAUCAUCAUCAAGGAGGACCAACCAGUUCGGAGAGCGGACAGGAGAGUCAAGACGGUAUGGGACCUUCAUCAUCCACCAGCGUUGUGCAACAACAAGAUACGGAGCAACUCAGAAACGAAAGUAUCGCUUGCUUAAGGGCGAAGGCGCAGCAACAUCAGCUACAACUGAGCCUGCAACCGACGUCGGCACCGUCUAACGGAUCGUAUCCGCCGGCGCCACAGUCCAGUGCGCUGCACGCUGCCUCGGUUUAAUCGCGCCAACCGCAUGGACACUCUCCUCUGAAUUAGUUCCGCGUCCGAUAUAUAUUUUUGCUGCCGGCGCGGAAUCCCGCUCGGCGCGUGUCGCAGACAGACAAAGAUCGAUGGCGAUCCGAUCUUCGAUACGAGUGAUAUUUUUUUAAUGAGUAUCUUAUGGCUAGGACCCGCUCAAGAGGUUCGAGAUGACUCUCGCGAAAAGUUCUUGUGACGAGAAAGAGGUCCCGAGUGAUUAGCGAGUCUCGGCGAGAUCGCUGAACGCAAACUGAGAAACGUUCCUCCGCCGCCGUUGCCGCGUGCGCGAUUUAUUCACGGUGAUCGUGAAUGAAUGCACGAUGAGCGGAGUGAAGGCAAAAGGACGUAGAUACGUACCGAGCACAACGAAACAAACAUGGCGGGACUAGUAGUCGGUUGAGUAGACCGAUUCGCGCGAGCACGUUUUCCGGAAACUUGAGACGUUUCCGCGUGUCUCGCGCGAUAAUCGGGCAGGCCUAUGCGUUACGCAGAUUGGCACCUGAGUAAAUUCUCCGCAACGACUUGACGUACAAUGAUGCUUUAAAGGCGCUGGGAAGAAAAGGUCGGGAGGAGGACAAGAUUGGACGGCACGCCGUCGAUAGCGCCGGAACGAAUGAUGACACUAACUGUAAGCUUAAUUCUCAUCAACGAAAUAGUAGCCUACUGAUGACCGGUACAAUGAAGAAUUAUCGAUUGAGAGGAUCCCGCCGUCGACGAUCGCAAGGACGAAUUCUUCCAGCAAAGGGAAGGGAAUUGUUCCAAUGAAGGUCGCCGACGAAGGAGCGAGCGUAAAUUUCUUCUCCGAUUAAUCAGCAGAUCGUGAGCAAAUUGGAAAACUACCUAAUUAGCGACUAUAAUCGCUUUUAAUAGCGCAGCGUGUGUGUGCGUGUGCGUGAGUAUGGAUGCGUGCGAGGAAGAGAAAGAGAGACUGAGCGAAUAUAUGAAACGUCGGAGAUUACGUCAACCUGCAACGAAUGUCGAGCAACGCUAAACGAACGGUUAAAGAAAUAGAACGAGGAGAGAACGGAGCUCGUGGGACACUUAGAGCAAGAUAAUAACAGAUUAUACAUACGCAUACAUCGAAAGAACAAAAAACGGAAAGAAAACAAUCCCGAAGAAUUUUACAGUACGUACGUAAAGAACGUCCCGAAAAAAACUUACGUAUUUAAGACACCUGCAAAUCAUCGAAAGCGAAUAUAAUCACUAAACUCGCGUGUAUAUGAGAAAGGUAGCAUGUGUGUGCGUAUAUGUGUGUACGAGAGAGAGAGGGGAGGGAUAAAAGAGCAAAGGAGAGAGAGAGCAACAGAACGAGAGAGAGAAAGAAAAGAGGGAGAGAGCGAGAAGAAAACAUACAAGUCAAAGAUUUAUUAGCAAAGACUUCCUAUAUCCAAGUACUUAAGAGAGAAACGUAACUGUUGUCAAAUGUGCAAUAUAUCGGUAUAAGUUUUAGUUUGGUAAGAACAUUAUACUUUAGUAACACGGACACGUCUGUACGCGAGGCGAUCGUGACGGCGCCGGCGUCUCGUCGGGCGAUUAAAUGAACAAACGAAUUUUUGCAAUAUAUUAUACUUGCGUUCAUCGACGACCGCGCGAACUAGGAGUUCAUGGAGGAUGUCGGCCUUCUUCUUGCUUUCCGCGCGUCUCUUCUGCGAGCAAACUCGUCCGCGCGUCUUGCACCCUGUCGUCCCGGGACGCCCGCCCGCUCUGUAUAUAAAAAUAUAAAUAAAAAAACUAUAUAAAUAUAAAUAUAUAUAUAUAUAUAUACAAAAUAUAAAAAGAUGAAAUAAAAUUAAAUGUGGUUGCGAGAUACGCUAAGCCGGACGAAGCUCUUUUCGCGAGCUUGCGAGUUUGAGGGUUUGCGAGAGCUUUAGAGAGAGGAAGUAUAAUUAAGAGGUAUAAAUAUUUAAGCUUAAUAUUAUUAAAUCUUUGUGGAAUUGUAAAUCAAAUAAUAUGACAAUGCGAUUUUAACUUAUUUUUUCGACUAUUUGCUGUACUACUCUUCUUUUUAUUUACUCAUUUACUGAGAAUUUUUUAACUCUACUAUCCGCACGCAGUACGUUGCAUUUUGGAUCGUGUAAUAUGAUAAACAAAAUAGUAUUGAAGUUAUUACAAUUGUUAAAAUAAAACAACAUGAAAAAUGAUUAAGAUAGUUGUUUUUGCAAUGAUAAUUGCACAUGUGAUACGCGAAUAUGAUACUUUUAUAUGAUUUUCCGUAAGAGCGACGAUGUGGAUCGUCGAAUUUUGGCUUUCCCUCGAAUGAUAUUUUCGCGCGAAUCUUCGAUCGAGCGAAACGUUUCGUCUGGCUUAGGGCCACCAAGUUAUUACACGUAACGUAACAUGUUAUAAUUUAACAGACUCGAUCACAUGGAAAACGACGAAAUAACCACACGUUCUUUAGAAGAAGAAAAGAAGAAAAAGAGCAAAUCAAGAGUCAUAAUGAAAGUGAUAUCGCUGUUAUCACGAAAACGCACUUAACGGCGCGCUUCGGAUCUGCAGCGAAUUCUCUGUAUCCGAAUGCCCCCAACGCAUGCAUAGUAGUCGGCUAGUAUACGUAAUAAAUAAAGUUUCUGAACAAAUA